CAUUUACUGGUCAAUGAUUAUAGCUACCUAAUUAUCCCUUGUUUCAAACAGCCAAGUUACGAAGUGAAGGGGUUAACCACCGCGACAAGCAAACACAGCGGGGAAAUGCUUCAGAUCGAGAUCCGUAGAGACGUGUUGAAAACCUCGCUUUGAAGUUUGAAUUGUAGUGCUCCGCCGCCGAUUUCUUCGUCUCCAGUCCUCCAUUUCUAGAAACCCUAGCUUUCUCCCGAGGAUUUUCCAAACAUUAAGUUGGUAGGAACCCUAACAAGUUUACGCUGAGAGUUUCGGAUCGAAUUGUCGAUAUUUGAGUUGAGGAUUUUGAGAGAUCGCGUACGAAGAUUGAAACUGGUGAGGAUUAAUGGGAGGGAGUAGUUCGCGAGAUUCGAGUGGCCGGAGAUCGUUCCGGGACCGGAGCGGUUAUCCCCCGGCGGUGCCCGGGUAUUCGAGUUAUCCGCCGCCGCAGUCGCCGCAGCCGCCGCCGCCGGAGCAGCACAGCUAUGCUGCUCCUUAUCCGGCCUACUCGUCGCAGCCCUCGGGUUAUCCGCAGCCGCAGCAUAGCAGCGCCGGCGUGCGGAGAUUGGAUCGGCGGUAUUCGAGGAUAAACGAUGAUUUUAAUUCUGUCGAGCAGGUUACGGAUGCUCUUGCACAUGCCGGCCUCGAGUCCUCAAAUCUUAUUGUUGGCAUUGAUUUUACAAAGAGCAAUGAGUGGACGGGCAAACAUUCUUUUAGGGGGCGCAGUUUACAUCACAUUGGCGAUACACCAAAUCCUUAUGAACAAGCUAUAUCUAUUAUUGGACGGACGUUGUCUAAAUUUGAUGAGGAUAAUCUGAUCCCUUGCUUUGGAUUUGGAGAUGCAUCAACACAUGAUCGGGAUGUCUUUAGUUUCUACCCGGACGAGAGACCCUGCAAUGGGUUUUCAGAGGCUUUAUCAAGAUACAGAGAACUUGUCCCACAUUUGCGGUUGGCUGGCCCAACAUCAUUUGCUCCUAUUAUUGAAAUGGCUAUGACUAUUGUGGAACAGAGUGGUGCGCAGUACCAUGUUCUUUUGAUAAUUGCUGAUGGCCAGGUUACAAGGAGUGUGGACACUGAAUAUGGACAAUUGAGCUCCCAAGAGCAAAACACUGUUGAUGCUAUUGUGAAAGCCAGUCAGUUUCCUUUAUCCAUUGUGCUAGUUGGAGUUGGAGAUGGUCCUUGGGACAUGAUGAAGGAAUUUGAUGAUAAUAUUCCAGCUCGAGCCUUUGAUAAUUUCCAGUUUGUGAAUUUCACAGAGAUAAUGUCAAGAAACAUCCCACAAACAAGAAAGGAGGCUGCAUUUGCUCUCGGUGCUUUGAUGGAAAUACCUUCGCAAUACAAAGCAACAUUAGAAUUGGGGAUCUUAGGUCGUACUGUUGCGAAGUCUCCAGAGAGAGUUCCUCUUCCCCCACCAACUGGAAGUUCUGGUGCUUACUCUUCUGGCACGAAGAGUUUUAAAUCAAGCAGUUUCCAGCAGAGUACAACAACUUAUCCUGGAUAUGAUAGUACACCUAGUGCAGCUCCUUCCGUACCCAGUACAUCAUGGGAUAGUCAGCAGGUCUGCCCUAUUUGCCUUGUCAACCCUAAGGACAUGGCUUUCGGCUGUGGACAUCAGACCUGCUGCGACUGUGGGUACAGCCUCCAGUCAUGCCCAAUCUGUCGUAGUGAGAUCCAUACGAGGAUAAAGCUGUACUGAUGCUAUAAUACAAGGUCAUACUCUCACGAUGAAUAUCGAGGAUACGUUGGUGUUGCUGGGAGUUAUCCAGAGUCCAUUUUGUAGAGGUUUAACAGCGGAGUGAAUUGUUUAUUUUGUUCCGUAUGUUUCAAGUGUGGUGUCCAAGGAUUGUACUUACUGUACAUAUGCCUUCUUCUUUGUCGGCAGCUCGGCAUAUCUUUCUGCACUUUCAUGGCUAACAUUAGGCCUAGAAAUUUCAUCUUGUUUGCUCAUUUAUAAUUUAAUUCUUUAGUGAUGGCUUUGUCUUAAUUCUUAAACUUGA